AUGACACUGUCACAUGUGUACAAGACGGCAACAAGAUCCUCCGUCGAUGCCGUUUCCGGUGAAAGUGGCGAGGCUGCGGUUGCGAACCCAACGUGCUAUAGACGGGAACAGAAACAUGAGGAAAAGCCAACUCAUGAGACCGGUCGAACCAGUCAACAAGGGUCGCCCUUUGCACUGCAGACGGGAUCUUCGAAACCCAAUUUGGCCGACGUUCUCGAAGCCCGCCUCAGCGGACGACAUGCAUUCAUCUUACUCGCCGAGCAUAGGCCUCCAUACUCGUUCGCUAAAGACUCCGCCAGUUUCUUGCGCAAGACACGUCUCAGCUUUGUAGCUUCGCGAUUUGCAAAUCACUGUCCUCCUUGCGAUCACUACAUCCCAAUGAGCGACCUGAGCACUACAGCCGCCCACUCACAAAAGCGGCGUCGCAUCACACGCGCGUGCGACCGAUGCAGCGCUCGUAGCGUCAAGUGCAGGCUUCAAACUACAAGAACAUCCCGAUGCGACAACUGUCAGGAUUAUGACGAGGAGUGUACUUUUGAUCGCCCCAUGCGCAAGCGAGGUGCAAGAUCCAGAGACGCUCGAACAUCACCCGCGGUUGCAAGUGAUGCUGGUCGAUCUGCCGGUUCCCCCGCUUCUGCAACAAGGCAGCACGACGCGCUCCACCGCCGAUCAGACAACGCCACCGACGAAAGCAUCAAGAGCAAGUCAUGGAACCCCGACACGUUACCUAGCCAGGCAAUCGUCAUGGACCUGACGGAGAUCUACUUUGAAGUCGUCUAUCCUGUCUUCCCCUUUUUCCACCAACCGACCCUGCUACGCAACGUUGCGCGAGGAGAAUAUGCCACCAGUCAACCCCUCUUUGCCUCGGUCAUGGCGCUCUGCGCACUCUCUUCCGCUCGCGUCCGUGACGGCGCUCUUUACACCGAACGAUGGGAUACGCACUGGCUCCAAACGCCCUCUUGCGAGUAUUUCCUCCAGGUUGCAGCUGAUUCCAUCCCCAGCGAUGCGCCUUUGUCCCAGGAAUUCGACUACAUGAGGGCCUACGCCCUCUUAUCCAUCGUUUCCAUCCAGCUCGGGGAUCUGCGCAAGAUGAACUACUAUCUGUGCCUCUAUCACGGAUGUAUAGCCGUGGCCUCCCUCCAUGAUGAGCAGAACUGGCCAAAGGGCAUUGGGUUCGUCGAGGUGGAGAUGCGCAGACGCCUGUUCUGGUCAAUGUACACCUUGGAUGUCUUCUCGGCCAUCAUCUGGGGCGGCGUUGUCACGAGCCGGGAGGCAUGCUAUAGCGUAACCUACCCGAUCGAGUGCAAUGACGAGGCGUUCAGCGAUACUGUUGCCCCCGAGCAGGCACCGUCCGAGGCAUCUUGUUGGCUCAGAGGCUGGAAUUUUGUCACGGACCUCUAUCGAAAGCUGGAGCACACGGUAGACUCCCUCGGCAGUCUCCGCAACUUGGCGCUUACACCUUCUGCGACCAAUGCAAUCGAGCCAUCCGCUUGCGUCACGGGCUCUGCCGUCCUCAGCAAUGGGACGGAUCUCUACAACCAAUUGCCGCCCAUCUUCAAGGAUAUUCAACCCAUCACGGGCAGGCUCAACACCGACCUAUUUGGUUUUCAAGCCGCCAACAUUCGCGCCACGUUGCAACUUGUGCGCAUGUCCGUCCUUGCGACCGAGCACUCCACCGUGAUCCAGAAGUGUGAGAUUGCUGGCGAAGUGAUCGAAAGCUUCGCACGUACUCCAGUGGCGUAUCUGCGCGCGAUCAGCACUCCUCUUCUGCAUCAUCUCGCUGGGAUCGGCACCAUCAUGGGCUCUACAUUCGAGGAAGGCCUGACGGAAUCGUCGUAUGACCGCGUUCGGUCGGUGCUCAUCGAUUUGGCGCAUCUGCUGGCCGACCUGGAGGUGCAUCUCUUUGCUAAGGCGGGCACGAGCGACAAGUUGCGAUGCCAGGUAGCAAGGAUUGACGCGUUCAUGCACGUGCAGCGCUCGAUGCACACGACCGGUCCACAGGCCGAACAUUCACUCGACUUUUCACGCGCUGCCAGGAGCAUGGACUUCAUGAACGGUGACAAGAUGCUCCCGAUCCACUUCCCUGCGGACCUAUUUGAUGAUUGGGAUUGGAUCUUUGACGUGACCUAG